CAAUAACUGCUGACUUUUUAUUUGCAAUCAGAGAAUCCUGGCAAUGGACAACUAAGUUUUCCCUAGGUUUACGAGAACUGAACUGAAGUGGAAAAUGUUAUUUGCUUUAACGAAAUAAUUUCGUCUUGUGCAACAAAAAAUUCUGUCAAUCAAGCAAAUAAAGGGAGAAAGGCUUAUUUAUAAAGUUGCCGGCUUCUGAUUUCAUUCCGUUGCUUCUCAGGCUCCAAGAGGAAAAGAAAAUGAAGACUUCCUUGCUCUGUAUUUUUCUAAUUUUAUGUAGUACCUCAGCCUGGGCGAAAGAUAAACAUUAUUACAUUGGAAUUAUUGAAACAACUUGGGACUAUGCCUCUGACCAUGGGGAAAAGAAACUUAUUUCAGUUGACACGGAACAUGCCAAUAUCUAUCUUCAAAAUGGCUCCAAUAGAAUUGGAAAAGUCUACAAGAAGGCCGUGUAUCUUCAGUACACAGAUGAAACCUUUGGGACGAUUAUAGAGAAACCUGUCUGGCUGGGGUUUUUAGGCCCUAUUAUCAAAGCUGAAACUGGAGAUAGAGUUUAUGUACAUUUAAAAAACUUUGCCUCUAGGCCUUAUACUUUUCAUGCACAUGGAAUGACUUACUAUAAGGAACAUGAGGGGGCCAUCUACCCUGACAACACCACAGAUUUUCAAAAAGCAGACGACAAAGUGCGGCCAGGUGAACAGUGUAUGUACAUAUUGCAUGCCAACCCAGAACAAGGUCCUGGUGAGGAAGACAGCAAUUGCGUGACCAGGAUUUACCAUUCCCACAUUGAUGCUCCAAGAGAUAUCGCCGCAGGACUCAUUGGGCCUUUAAUACACUGUAAAAAAGAUUCUCUGGAUAAAGAAGAAGAAAAAAAUAUUGACAAAGAAUUUGUGGUGAUGUUUUCUGUUGUGGAUGAAAAUCUCAGCUGGUACCUAGAAGACAACAUUAAGACCUACUGCUCUGAACCAGAGGAGGUUGACAAAGACAAUGAAGACUUCCAGGAGAGUAACAGAAUGUAUUCUGUGAAUGGAUAUGCUUUUGGAAGUCUCCCAGGACUCUCCAUGUGUGCUGAGGACAGAGUAAAAUGGUAUCUUUUUGGUAUGGGUAAUGAAAUUGAUGUGCAUGCAGCUUUCUUCCACGGGCAAACGUUGACUAAUAAGAACUACCGUGUUGAUACAAUCAAUCUCUUUCCUGCUACCCUCUUUGAUGCUUUUAUGGUGGCCCAGAACCCUGGAGAAUGGAUGCUUAGCUGUCAGAAUCUAAACCAUCUGAAAGCUGGUUUGCAGGCCUUUUUCUGGGUACAAGACUGUAAGAAGCCUUCAUCUGAGAACGAUAUCUAUGGCAAACAUGUUAGACACUACUACAUCGCUGCUGAGGAAAUCAUCUGGAACUAUGCACCCUCCGGCAUAGACACCUUCACCAAAGAAAACUUAACAGCACCUGGAAGUGAUUCAGAGGUAUUUUUUGAACAUGGUUCUACAAGAAUCGGAGGCUCAUAUAAAAAGCUGGUUUAUCGUGAGUACACAGAUGCCUCCUUUACAGACCGAAAGGAGAGAGGCCCUGAAGAAGAACAUCUUGGCAUCCUGGGUCCUGUCAUUUCGGCAGAGGUGGGAGACACCAUCAGAGUCACCUUCCAUAACAAAGGAACAUAUCCCCUCAGUAUUGAACCGAUUGGGGUGAGAGUCGAUAAAAGCAACGAGGGCACGUACUACAAUUCAAGCAGAAGUGCGCCUCCUUCUUCAGCCUCCCAUGUGGUACCCGAAGGAACAUUCACCUAUGAAUGGACUGUCCCCAAAGAAGUAGGACCCACUUACAAAGAUCCUGUCUGUCUAGCUAAGAUGUAUUAUUCUGCUGUGGAUCCCACCAAAGAUAUAUUUACUGGGCUUAUCGGGCCAAUGAAAAUAUGUAGGAACGGAAGUUUACUUGCAAAUGGGAGACUGAAGGAUGUAGACAAGGAGUUCUAUUUGUUUCCUACAGUGUUUGAUGAGAAUGAGAGUUUACUCCUGGAUGAUAAUAUUAGAAUGUUUACAACAGCACCUGAUCAGGUGGAUAAGGAAAAUGAAGACUUUCAGGAAUCUAAUAAGAUGCACUCCAUGAAUGGAUUCAUGUACGGGAAUCAGCCUGGUCUCAACAUGUGCCAAGGAGAUUCAGUUGUGUGGUAUUUAUUCAGUGCUGGAAAUGAGGUUGAUGUACACGGGAUAUACUUUUCAGGAAACACUUAUCUGUCAAGAGGAGAAAGGAGAGACACAGCAAACCUCUUCCCUCAAACAAGUCUGAGGCUCUUCAUGCAGCCUGACACGGAAGGGACUUUUGAUGUUGAGUGCCUCACAACUGACCACUACACAGGUGGCAUGAAACAAAAAUACACUGUGAACCAGUGCAGGCAGCCAUCUGAGAAUUCAUACCACUACCUGGGAGAAAGGACCUACUACAUCGCAGCGGUGGAGGUGGAAUGGGAUUAUUCCCCAAGUAGGAAAUGGGAAAAGGAGCUGCAUCAUUUACAAGAACUAAAUCUUUCAAAUGCAUUUUUAGAUAAGGAAGAAUUUUACAUAGGCUCAAAGUACAAGAAAGUUGUGUAUCGGCGAUUCACUGACAGCACAUUCCAAGUUCCUGGGGAGAGAAAACCUGAAGAAGAACACCUGGGAAUUCUAGGUCCACAACUUCAUGCAGAUGUUGGAGACAAAGUUAAUAUUAUCUUUAAAAACAUGGCCACAAGGUCCUACUCAAUACACGCCCAUGGGGUGAAAACGGAGAGUUCUACAGUGACUCCAACCGCACCAGGUGAAACUCGCACUUACAUAUGGAAAAUCCCAGAAAGAUCUGGAGCUGGAAUAGAAGAUUCUCCUUGUAUUCCAUGGGCUUACUAUUCAACUGUGGAUCGGGUUAAGGAUCUCUUUAGUGGAUUAAUUGGCCCACUGAUUGUUUGUCGGAAACAUUACUUGCAAGUAUUCAAUCCCAUAAAGAAACUGGAAUUUUCCCUUCUGUUUCUUGUUUUUGAUGAGAAUGAAUCUUGGUACUUAGAUGACAACAUCAAAACAUACUCUGAUCACCCUGAGAAAGUAGACAAAGCCAAUGAUGAAUUCAUAGAAAGCAAUAAAAUGCAUGCUAUUAAUGGAAGAAUGUUUGGGAACUUACAAGGCCUCACAAUGCAUGUGGGAGAUGAAGUCAACUGGUAUCUGAUGGGAAUGGGCAAUGAAAUAGACUUGCACUCGGUACAUUUCCAUGGCCACAGCUUCCAAUACCAGCACAGGGGCAUUUAUAGUUCUGAUGUCUUUGACAUUUUCCCUGGGACAUACCAAACCUUAGAAAUGUCUCCAAAAACACCUGGAAUCUGGUUACUCCACUGCCAUGUGACUGACCACAUUCAUGCUGGAAUGGAAACUACUUACACCGUUCUACCAAAUGAAGAGACCAAGUCUGGAUAUAAGAAAUAAAUUGGUGAUAAAUGAAAAAAAAAAAAAGAAAAAACAAUGAUUCAUAACAAUGUUAUGUGAAAGUGUUGAAUAGAAGGCUUACUUGGAAUGGCUAUAAGCAUUAAAAAAAAGACUGAAAACAUAUACUUUUGUGCAUUUAUGGGGAUAACUGUGUUACAAUGUUUCAUAUGAAAAGAUCAAUAGACUGUAUUAUGACACAUGACUGACUCUAAUACACAUAUCACCACCAUUAGGGCUUUACAAAACUGUAUUUAAAAAAAAAAAAUCUAUGAGCAGAUGUUGUCCUGGACAGUCCUCAAAGGAUCACUAUUAAGAUUCAAUGAUUUCAAUAAUAAAUAAAAAAAUAAACAAACAAACAAACAAAUAAAAUCCAAUGAAAUGUUUCCAAACUUCGGCUUCCCAUCAAUCCCUCUAACAUACUGCUGACAUCAGUCCUAAUGGACCAGUGGAAUAGGGGCACAGGUGUAGAGGAAGUAAAAUAAAAAAUUAAACAGAUAAAAUAAAAUAUUAGUAAUAAAAUUUCAAAACGGUGAGGCCAAUAUUGAACUUCUAAUCUACAGAACUGUAAGAUAAUUAAUUUUGUGUUGUUUUAAGCCACUAAGCCUGUGAUAAUUUGUUACAGCAGCAAUAGAAAAUCAAUAGGGUACCCUUUGAAGAUGUCAAUUAUACCUAAAUAAAACUGGUAAAAUUUUUUUGUUAAUUUUAAAUUAAAAAAAUGUUUAAAUAAAAUAAAACAAAUUUUUAAAAUAAAAUAAAAUGUUGCCAAUCUGAGUUUUGUGAACCCUCGAAAUGAUGAUCAAAAGGAAGUUAAUAUGGAACUGGAGAAAGGCAGAGUUGAGAAACAAUCUAUAAAUUAAAUCCUGGCAAAGACGAAUGUUGCCAUCAGGAGAAAAGUUUUCAAAAUAUCGUUGUGGAAACAUCAGGUGAGUAACAUUUUUGCCCAGCCUUAACUAAAGUCAAAGCACACUAUCAAGGAACUGAACUGGGACUCAAAAUUAUUUAAUAAGAGACUAAAAAAAAGACACAGUUCUUUAUAUUUCUUUAUUUUCACAUACAUUCUGGCUAAAAGAGCAAGAGUCCACAUCAACAAAAAAUGGAAACAAGGCUUUGGCUGAAAAACAUGCACUCAACAAAUCACGUUAAUAGCCAGACAAGAAGAAAGUCAGCUUUGUAAACUUCUAUUUCAUUUGAUUCAGAGAGAAACUUAGCAUGUAUUUUAAAAGUAACAAGAAAAUAAAGUUUGAAAUCUUUUACUGUGGGAAAACAUUAACAUCUUUCUCAAAGAAAAUAACUGUUUUUAAAAGGGACCCAGUAGAAAAAUCUGGAAAAAUCAAAAAGGUUAAAUUGUGGACCACUUGGAAUGACAUUCUUUCGAGCAUACUUACAAAUUGUUUGUGUUCCCGGGAUGAAAAAGAUUGUCAUGUCUCCAACAACAGUAAAUUGAUGUUCCUUGGAAUAGAAGUCAGUCUCUACCUUUAAAAAUAUAUGCCUUCUUUGAGGAAACUCCUAUAUCUUGUAGCUUUUUUACAUUCUGGACAAUUAAAUGGACUCAGGUCAUAAAUUAUGAAACUAGUACUAUCACUGAGGUAAGCAGCCUGAAAGCAUUUGCAAUAUAUGUACAUGUUCAAUAUAAAAGUCCUUUAUAUAUAUAUUUUUUAUCUGGCGUUCAGUUUUGAAAAAUUCAGUCUCAUAUGUGGUAUAUUUCAAAUGAUACCUUUAAGUCAAUGAUUUCUUUCGACUGCAGUAAAGAAGAUAUGGCAAGAAAAAUGCUGCAGUGCCAUCUUCUGGGAGGACAUUUAAGAAAUCCCUUAGUUGUAGU